AUGGAUGGAUCUUCGGGCAAAAAGAGGAGACGAAGCAUCAGUGUCAACGAGUAAGUUUACAAUGUAAUAUUGUUUUGCUAAUGCUGAGGGUAUUGUAAAAGAAUUAUCAUACGGUUUAUAUUUAUGAAAUCAGAUAAAUUAUUCGCAGCUUAAAGUGUACUGAAAAUAGCUGGGCUCGAAGGAAAGCCUCGGUAUAAUUUGGAACUAGUGCAUUCGUGGUCUAAAUUUAUUGGCGCGAUGGCUUGCAAAUUUAGCUGGUAAUUCACGGAAUGAAUUGAAGAGAUUUCACCAGGUUUCUCUACAACAAACGGAUACUGAUCAUGAGCUAAAUUUUAGGGAGUUUUCAACGCUAGCUUGGUAAACUUUCAUCUGUAAUCUUUAUUAUCAGCAGCUUCAAACUAUUGGAGAGAGAAGGCAAAUUACACUUACAGCUGUGUAUUACGCUCGUUAACGGAUCGGAAGUUGUCUUGACGGGAAUGGCUGUGGGCCAAGCUUUCCUCCGGGUUGUGGCUUUCCAGUGUUACUAACCUGUUUGCUCAAACAAUGAGGAAAUUUUGAGAAAGCGUUAUAUAAUUAUUAAGGAUAAGAGGUAGCAACAUCAACUGAAGUGAUGCCAUGAAAUCCGUCCAAUAACAGACCGGUUUAUUUUCCGGUGUGAAUUUCACGUGUUUGACACGACAUCAUAACAUUGUAGAAAUUUUUGUCAUUAGCGACGAAAUUGUUUGGUUUACACUUGUUUAAGAAAUGGAUUUAUUGAACUGUUAAGUUAUAGUUUGUAUGCUAACAUAAAUAGAUAAUUAUAGAUUAUCUAUACUUUUGCUGACAAUAUACAAGUGCCUGUGUGCAAUUCACGUGUUUGGCACGACUGUAAAACAUUCUAGGAAUUUCUGGCAUUAGCAAUGAAAUUUUCGGUUGCAAUUCGUUGUACAAAUCUAAUUUAAUUUAUAGAGUUUUCCGAUUAAACGGAAUUGGAAAUACUUUUUCCGCCUUGUUAGCCAGUUAGAUGCAAAGUGGUGUUUGAUUCAAUUUGCACAAUACAAUUGCAAUUGUUAUUCAUAGUUUAAAGGUAGUUAUUAUUCAUUCAUGAAAUAUUUCACCAAUUCUGAUUGGCUAAAAGCACACGCAUAAUUCACCAUAACCAGUCACUGAUGACCAAAUUUGGAAGAAUUUUGUGUUUAACAAGGAAAUGACAUCAAAAAUGCAGCCCGCUACAGGUUAAGGCACCAUUACCGAGAAGACCUGGGGACGAGGUUGAGUUGUUUUGGUUGUGAAAAAAAUGGCGGGCAUUUCACUCGUUUCAAGAGUAAGAACUACAGCUGGAACUAGGCAAAAUAAUAGCUAAAAGCAUGGCAAAAAAAGCAAGAAGACAGCUUGGAGGACGACAUCUGCUAUUUGUAGAAUAUUUGCGGAGCUGGACAAACCUAAAAGUACACUAUCAAAGAUGAGUAAUUUAACAUCGACGCAGGUAAGCAUGUUUCAGCUAUGUUUUUAAACUUGGAAUUAUAUUGAAUGAAUAAUAAAGCAAUAAAUGAAUGCGGCUUUUGUAGGAUAUGAAGUUGAGCAGAUCUUGGGGGAUGUUAUCUACCUUGGCCUUUGGCCUCAGUGGAUAACACCCUCCUCGAUUUGCUUAAUUCUUCAUAUCCUACUCAGCCUCAUUCAUUAAAUGCUACAUAAUUUGGGUUUUUAUGAUCACAAAUACAGAUGGUGGAAUGCAAACUUAUUUUUUCUAUAUAUCAUCUGCUUUAAACCAAACAAAGCUACCAAGGUUAGCAGCAUUAGAAAAUAAUGUGGUAGUAGAAUUUUAUUGAUAAGUAUCAAGAGAUUGUAGUAGUACAUGUAUGGCAGAGUAUAUGCCUCUACAUUACAGUGGAGUUAGUUUCUUAAGAGCACCUUUUGGCAAACUGGGUUUUGUGGUAAAAUAAAUAACCGUAAAUGAACAAGCCUGAAUUUUUAGGCAUGGUUUUCAAAUGCUUCAGGUUGAUAUUCAACUGCAAAGAUUGAAUACACAUUCAUCAAUCACAGGCAGCCCAAGCUCACUACAGGAACGUGGAUAUGACUCUUGCUUGCAAGCGGUGUUGUGUUACACAUGUUUUCUCAUAAAAAAAUAAUAUAAUAAUAUAAUUAUAAUAAUUAAUUUAAUACCGUAUUUAUUCGAAUAAGCGCCCAACCUCGAAUUAGUACCCACCUCGAAUAAGCGCCCAUCCUAAAGGCAGAAAAGGUUAAUAAAUGGCCAGCCUGGAAUAAGCGCCCACCCCCUCCCCCUUCCACUCAAACUCAAAUAAGUGCCCAUAACCAAAACCCACCCCGCUUCCCCCUCCCACCAAACAAAAAUGAAUAAGUACUAAUAAGAGACUUCCCUGAAGAUGGAGUUUUCUUCAGAGUAUUUUACAGAAACCUUGUUUUGUUACAUCUUCAUCUUUUGUUAUUACCCUUUAUUGAUUUGUAGCAAAAUAUACAUACUACACUUGCUGAAAAUUGUGAAAAUUUAAUAAGCGUCCAGCCUCGAAUAAGCGCCCACUCUCAAGGUCCAAUAAUUUAAUAAGCACCCAGGGCAAUUAAUAAAAUAAAUAUGGUUUAUUAUUAUAUCAUUUUGAUCUACAACGUAUGGAUGUUAUUUUUUUGUUUUAGAGAUGACAGUGACACCGAGACUAUUGAUGGGGAAGGAAGGUAUUAAUUUGAUCAUUAAGUGGUUUCCUAUGACAUGAGAAGAACUUUGUCUAAUGUAGUUUUUGUUCAUUUAUAUAAGUAUGAAUGUGCAGUGAUUUUGUUACCUCUGCAUCCUGCAUCCCAGAUUUAUAAAAAUCUCCAAAGACGCAAAAUAAAUCAUGGCAUGCCUCCCGUAGGAUGCAAAGAUUGAUUGAUCAAUCUGAACAUGUGUAUUUGUAGAAAUAUCCCAUUCGUGUAAUUUAUGUGGCAGUUAUUAUGGCUGUUGUUGAAUGAUGCUUAUUACUUUCAGCCUUUGUUGUGCUUUAAAAUAGAAGGACUAUAUUUUAAUUUCAGUGUACUGUAAUACAGAGUUUUGGCCAGGAGUCUUGUCUUCAGAUUAACUGUCUGGUUUCAUAAAGUCCCGAGCAUUUUCAAUUUCGGACUCUUUUUUUUUUGGAACUCAUUGGUUCUGGACUGGGACUCAUGAUUUUUCACACUCACCAUAACUAUUUUGUAACAAAGUCACUGAAUGUAAUUACCAUGGUACAUGUAACUGAGAGGGAGUUCAUAACAAAACUACUGUAGUUCAUUUUUGGUGAUCUUUUUCCAUUGGGUUGUAAUGUUAAGCUGUUGGCCCUGUCCACUUCCUCCUUGCAUGUCAAUAACAAGAUCAUGGCCGGGUUGUUCAAAGCAGGGUUAAGAUAAAUCAGGGUUAGUGCCAAGUUCCAAUUCAGAUUUGAACGCUUAAAAGGCAAAUUUAGUUUAAUUCUUUUUGCCUGCAAUGCAAUGAUGUGAUGCUGUAUAAAGAAUAGAGAAAAUUAUGCGAGAAAAUGCUUUUGAAAAGAAGAGCAAGAAACCCAGAUUAAAAUUUAAUUCCAGGUUGGGGCUAAUAUAAUUGGUCUUUGAACAACUUGGCCCAGGACAUAAAGACCCAUGAUGGCCCAGGACCAUUGUAUUUUUGCACCCUUAUAGAGAGUCAAAUAAAGGGAGUAAAGAAUGGCAGGGACCAACUGUAGGUGCCUGUUUUACUGAGGUAUCCAUCUUAUUGAGGUGUCCAUUAAGAGAAAGCCGACUGUUAAAAUAAAAGUGUUAUUUUUAUUGCUUGUUUCCUUAGGGAUGGAGAGGAUGGAAAGAAAGGGUGGCAAAAGACCUACACAAAGUGAGUUUUUAUAUAUUGUAUCUUUAUAUACUGAUGAAGCAAAUAUUAUUCUAUUUAUUUUAUAAAUAAUGUUAAUUUUAAUUAAUUUUAUAAAGCUUGCUUAAAAAAAUUAUUUAGUGCACUGGCCAAGAAAAAGAGGAAAAUAGUUUUUUUCACCUUGAAUGAAUUUAAUUCUCAAAAGUGACUCAUGUAUAUUUUUACAUUACUGUUUAACAGGCAGAAUCACAGUGAGAUUGAGAAGAGACGUCGUGACAAGAUGAACACUUACAUCAAUGAGUUAUCCAGUAUGAUACCCAUGUGUAAUGCCAUGUCACGCAAGCUUGAUAAACUAACGGUACUGAGAAUGGCUGUGCAGCAUAUGAAAACCCUAAAAGGUGACUGACAACAUCCCCUUAUAGGCUAUGAAAUUCCUCUUCCUCUUUGUUGCCUCUCUCUUCCCUCCCUUAUCUCUCUCUUCUCUUCCCUUCCCCACCCCACCCCCAUCAGCUGAUUUGCUUAUGGUGAAGAAUUUGAAUAGCCUCAGUUAAUUGACUAAGUCAUAAACUUUUUAGCUCUAAAGAAUAUGUCAAAUCAAGAUAUUUCAUAAAAGAGCCUUCAUUGUGUAAAAUACCAAAAAGAAAAUAUUAUCAUUUUAAGAGAAUUACCAAAAAUUAAUAUUUCUCCUCCUGUACCACUGUAGACUCAAAACUGUCACUUGCAUGUGUAUGUACAUUUUUAACAUAUUGACUUUGAGAGUGAAAAAAGUUUGGAGCUUAAACUGUCAUAGUUUCAAUAAAGUAAAGAGUUUUUUCCCAAUUAUUUCAAGGGGAAGAAUGGUGGUCAUGAUCAAUAAUUAUUUUGGCUGGGAAAGAAAUUUAUAGAAUCACAGAUACAGUACAUGUAACUGCUUCAGUUUGAAACAAACAGAUGUUUUGUCAGUUAAGUGUGUGGUCCUUUCUAAGUGGGGAGAUUAAUUUAAAAACUGUUUUUCACAAACAAGUGAAUAGUAGUAUUCUCUUUAAAUGCUAAAACCUUCAAGCUAUAAUGUCCCACUUGUAUUUUCAGGAGCCUUAGACCCAUUUACAGAGACGAACUACAAACCAUCAUUCUUGUCUGACGAGGACCUAAAGAAUCUUCUCCUUGAAACAGCAGAAGGAUUUUUAUUUGUUGUCGGAUGUGAUCGGGGAUGUCUACUCUAUGCAUCAGACUCCAUUCAGAAUUAUCUUCACCAGUCUCCUGUAAGUCAUCCUAAAUGCCGUAGUCUCUUUUAACUCUUUUGCAUCCUGCUAGCCGAGCCUUUCUUUCACUUGCUUGAUUUUGGCAUACUUGAGAGAGACUCUGUAUGAAUCAAGUAAGAUCUUUGUGGAACAAUUGCUGUUUGUUGCUGGGAUACAGUCAGAACUCAACCUUAACAGCUUUGCUCUUGUUACAGGGGGCUUUCAGUUUAUCAAUAAAAGGUUGCUCAUUUUCAGAAAAGGGUUUGAUGACAGAAAACAGAAUUGACUAGUCCAGAAGUUCAGGCUUUGGCGAUUCAAAGGGUUGACUUAAAUGAGGAUAAUCAUCCUUACCUUUUUUCCUUCUCACUAAAGAAGGCUCUGCUCACAUGCUGACUCUUUUGAGAUCAAAAGUGUGAAAAUGGGUACAAAAAAAAUUAUGAAAUAUAUCUAUCCACGAUGUGACAUGCCAGGCGUAGUUGUUAUGUGUUUAAGGCUUGUUUAUGUUACACCAUGCAGGAAAAAAAUUCUGUUUUAGAUUAGUGAAAAAAAGAAAACUGCUGUGUUGGAAAUAAAUAAGCAUUUAAUCAAAAUGAUAAACAACUUUCUUCCCAAGGGGUGCUGGUACACUUGAGUUCCUUACUGAUUAGCCCUUUAAGCCCUAAGAGUGAUCAGCAUCAAAUUUUCCUUGAAAUAUCAAUGCUUUGUAAACAGAGUGGUCAUGAGACUUAAGGACAUGAUCACACAAGAUGAUUAUUUGUUUGAUAUUUUAUCAACUUCUCCCCACUAAUUCUGUAGGAAAUGAAGAGGGGCAACAAAUGAGAAUUCAAAUUUUGAUCUCAGGUUGUAAAGGAUUAGAGGGUAUCAAGAGGAGGCGGGGAGGGGAUAUAUUAAUAAGUGGGAGUUUUUCUGGUUUGUUAAGUUUACUGUUCUUUUUGGGCUUAUUCAUUGCUGCAGACUAGAUAGUAAACGCCAUUCGCAAUUCUGUUCUAUAAUACACCCUUUUGUAUUUUCUUCUGCAGUCUGAUCUGGUGGGGCAUAGUUUCCUUGAUCUUAUCCAUCAGAAAGACAUCAGCAAAGUCAAAGAACAGUUAUCGUCAUCAGAUUCUACACCACGCGAAAAGCUUAUUGAUGCUAAAACAGGUCUACCACUCAAAACAGAGAACCAACCAACUCCAACUAGAUUGUGUUCUGGUGCUAGGAGGUCAUUCUUUUGCCGCAUGAAAUGUGGACAUAAAGGGUCGAAAUACAAAGACAAUAAUCAGGAGAAUGAACCCUGCCUUAUGAAAAGAAAAAACAAAAAUAAGCAAUCCAUGCAAGCAGAGAAGAAACCUUAUGUUGUGGGUGGGUACACGUUAUAUAUAUUGAUGAUGAUGAGUAGGAUGAUGAUACUGUAAACUUGUCUAAGACUGACACCUUUGGGCCGGACACUAAGGGUCUGUCUCUGAGCGUGUUGUCCGUCUUAUAGAGAGCCAACUAAAAGGAGUGAAGAAAGGCAGGGACCAACUCUAGGUGUCUGUUUUACCGAGAUGUCUGUCUUAUAGAGAGUUAAAUAACAGGUGUAAAGAAAGCCAGAGACCAACUCUAGGUGUCUGUUUUACCAAGGUGUUUGUCUUAUAAAUAGAGAGUCAAAUAAAGGGAGUAAAGAAAGGCAGGGACCAACUCUAGGUGUCUAUUUUCCAGAGGUGCCUGUCUUAUAGAGAGUCAAAUAAAGCAAGUAAAGAGAGGCGGGGAUGGUCUGUUCACAAAUUUGUUUAUAACUGGCUCUGAUUAUUUGCUUAAGAAAAUUCCUAAUGAAGUUUCUCGGAAAGUGACCAAAGUAAAAACAGCUGUGUUAUCCUUGUGCUAUUUCCUCGGUCUGUACUCUUGUAUAUGUAGACUUUGGCUCUGAGUAAUGUGCAGAUAGGAAAUACGUACUUCAUUGUCUCCUCCCAACCAUUAUGUUCUACUAAUUACAACACUUAACUUAGUACUAAUUACAAUGCUUGACUUCUUACUAAUUAUUGAAACAUUGAGCUGAGAAGCAUUAAUUUUACAAAAUUAUCUAAAGGCUGGUUUUUUAAAAGACAUUUAAAAUCUUGAACAGAAUGUCUUAAUUUUAAAGGAGGUUGUACAUGCAAAUUGUUGCAGAGCUUUAUAGUAAUAGUAAAAAGUUCUUUUUCUGGGGGCUGUUCUGAAAGGAGGGAUGUUUAGCUUUUGGUACUCCUAGUGUUCAUAAAUUAUAAAUUGGGUAGUAAGAUAUUCAGGGGCGUUACCGGUCAUGCGGUUGAAGGCCACUAUAGUUUGCGAAAGCUUUCAGUUUUUGUAGAAAACAUAUUAUUUAUGUAGCUCUCAAUAAUUUUGUUUCUUUGCUGGUUUAGUUCAUUGCACAGGAUAUCUUAAGUCAUGGCCCCCUUCCAGCAAUUCAUAUGAUGAGGAGGAUGAAGAAAAUGAAUCAAGAAAUCUCAGCUGCCUUGUAGCAGUGGGAAGACAAGAAAUAAUUUAUGAUGAGACGACUGAUUACUCACAACCAGGCAUAGCAAGAGAGUUUAUUUCACGGCAUACAAUAGAUGGAAAAUUCACAUUUGUUGAUCAACGGUCAGUGAAAAUAGAUGGAUGAUAAUAAUUGUAGUGUAUUAAAUUUAUUAGAAAGUUUGGUGAUUAGUAUUAGUGUUAAUAAACCUUUUUUUGGAUUUUUGUAAAAUUUAGAACAACAGCCAUAACUGGUUUUCUGCCCCAGGAAAUGAUAGGUUGUUCAGCCUAUGAAUUUUUCCAUCAAGAGGAUCUUAACUCCAUCGCUGUAACACAUAAAAAAACUCUGCAAGGAGAGACAGUAACGACACAACCCUAUAGAUUCCGAUGCAAGGGAGGACACUUUGUUCCCCUGAGAACAAAAUCAACAGCUUUCAGAAAUCCCUGGUCAAAGGAACUGGAAUUUCUUGUAUGUAAUAACAUGGUCAUCACGUGAGUAUGACUUUUUAUGUUUUCUUUGUCAUCAUGAACUUAUUUCGGGAAAAUAAUAAUUUGCCUUAAUUGUAAUAUUUGCCUGUGAAGCAAAGGGUGAAUUUCACAUUACAUCAAAAAACACCAAGGCUUUUACUCCAUGCACCCCUUAAGUCUACUGAUAAAAAAUUUUCUCCUCCUAAAGUACAAGGGAAAAGGUCAUUUCAAAAUGUGACAGUACCAGAUAAAUUUGUAGAAAUGCAGGAUUUUAAAUUAAAGAUUAAUGAUUUUUAGUACAUGUAAGUGUUUUUUUUUUCUGGCAAAUUCACAGUACAAAAUAAAUAAAUAAAAUACCUGUAUCUUAAUGGCACCCAAUUCCUGUUUAAGCUAAACUAAACUAAGUUUAAGCUAAGUUCAAGCUAAGUUUAAGCUCACUUAGAUGCUAUUGGUAGAAAUCUGCAUAAUGUGCAAUCUGCAUCGGCAGAUAUAUUAAUUUAAUUUGGAAGAAGAAGAAGAAUUCUGAGUCUAGAAAGCUCAGAAAAAAUUCCAAGCCCCAAGCGAGAAUCAAACUCAUGACCCUCCAAGUUCUAGUUCAGAUGCUCAAACCACUGAACUACUAGAGGCUCUAUGGCGAGCAGGGUCAAAAUUUAAUUAUAAAUACACCAGUCAUAGAGGACUGUAUCAGGGACUUGCUCAAAAUCGGCCGUCCACCAGCUUACAAGACCAAGACUGUGAGCUUAGAAAAAAUUCUGAGCUUCAGGUGAAAAUUGAACUCACGACCCUCCGAGUACUAGUUUGGAUGCUCUAGCCACUGAGCUACUACUGUUUUUCCCCUCUGAUGUCUUUUCUUUUCUUCCUAGGGAUUUGGAGUCACUUGGUGUACAGCCAACAGAAAUGCAUAGUGUUCUGCAGAUUACAGAUGGUUUGUCCUCCAGUGAUGGCCAAGCGCCAACUCGUGCUUAUCAGUCUGGGGUACAGCAAGUGGUGGAAGUGCUUAGAAAGAAAGCACUCAUGGAUCCAGGUAAAAAUUAUAACGCCUAUGUUCAUGUUUGGUGUCCAAAAAAUAGUGCCUGAGUACUGGUACAAAAACCGUGUUGUGUUCACACCUUAGGGAGCUUAAGCAACAACGACGGUGACAGCUAUGAAAACAUCACUUAAAAAAGAAAUCGCACUGCUUCAAACUUUAUCACGCUUAUUCCAUCUUGUUAAAUUUGGCAAAUGUUGGCAAUUUGUUCUAGAGUUGAAGUUUAAAGACUGUAUCGAAGUUCAGGAAAAGAAAAAGAAUGUCAUCGUCUUGUGUUCACAUCCUGCACAAAAUGUGAAAUUAGGCAUUUUCACGUCAUAGUCGUGCAGUGAUGGCAAAGAAAUGUACUAAAAAGCAUGAUGCACGUGCAAAGUUGUUGUUUUGCUAAUCUAAACCUGUUGCUUUUUUGCUGUUCUCAUUGAUGUUGCCAUUGUCGUUGCUUAAGCUCCCACUUGAAAACAUCAUGCCCAUGAACUGACACUUCUACAAAUAUAACCCCCCCCCCUCACCCCCACUUAUAAGCACCCCACUUACCAGUUAUAGGCUCAUUUACAUUGUACCUGUAAACAAAAAGAGAUGUCCAAUUAUAGUAAGUCCACCUUCAAAUGAAUUUGAUUUAUUAUGAUGUUUUCAAAUAAGUGCUAAAAUUUUAAAGUAGAAACUGUGUAUUUUUUUGUAGCAAAACCCGCCGCUAAAAAUAUUCGUCCAAGCAGCUCUGAUAGUGAUGGCACAAUGCCAACUGCUGGAGCCAGUCGUAUUGGUGCGUUAGUAGCGGAAGAGGUACAAACCCAGGAGGCACAUGACAGGUAUAUAACAGUGCUCCUACUUAGUUUGAUUUUGAAGUGUAGAUUAUUUGUAUUUUUUAAUACCCUGUUAUACAUUAAGCACUAUGCUGAUCAGCUGUCUGGGUUAGAUUAUUUCUAUCUGUGAUGGGGUGAUUGAAUCACACAUGCACCCCAGUCAAUUUUUUUUUAGACUUGUGCAAUGAAUCUUUCAGUUUAUUUUGUUAUUUUUUGAAGCACUACAGUAUGUAUGUUAAGAGAUUUUGUCCUUUACAUAAGCAUUCGGAAUAAUUAAUUAUUAUGGUAGCUACAGUACUGUUCAAAAGUAAUGACAGCAAAGUCCACCAUUUGUCCUUUGUUUUUGCAAAAGUGUGGUGCAAAAUUUCACUGAAUCAGCCAUGAACUUUUGUCAAAUUGCAGUUAUCAAUGAUAUUUUUUUGAAACUGUUUUAGUGCAUAAACUGUUAUUUAUGCUGCAGUGUGCAUUAAAAUAAAAAUAUGCUCCUUGUUACUUUGCAGGCACCCCAGCUCAAGAGGCCAUGGAACAAAUGAUGACAUCACAAUGGACAUACCAGGUGUAUUUUAA